AUGCCAAAAUUCAACCCCUCAGCCGCUAAACUUAUCGCCGUCGAAUCGUACUUCACAACCCAUCAACCCAUAACCGCCCAUUCCAUCAAAGAUCUCGAAAAAUCUCUCCCCACGGCUACAGGAAUCUCUGCUAUGCAAGUAAAAGACUAUUUGACCGCUUUAGUCGACGAAAACAAGAUUCGGGUUGAGAAGAUCGGUAGUGGGAAUUGGUAUUGGUGUUUCAAGGGGGAUGAGAAGAAACAGAUGGAGAAUGAAGUUAAGGGGUGGGAGAAGGAGGUCAAGGGGCUCGAAGGGAGGGUGAAGGAAGUAAAGCAGGAAAUCGAGAUCGAAGGAGAGAAGAAUAUUGGUGAUAGUGAGGAUAAAGUCAAACGAGCAACAAAAAUGAAAACCCUUCAAUUUCUAUCUAAAGAAAAGGCGGAACUAGAAAAGGAACUAGCUCUUUACGCCGAAAAUGAUCCUGUUCAGAUCGACCGUCUCAAAGAGUUAUUGCUUCUGUUGAAGACCGCAGCUAACGAACAUACCAACAACAUCUAUGCCAUAGAUAGCUAUCUCAAGAGUGCCGGAAUGGUAUCCUGUGACAUAACAUCAUUCAAGACUAGCUUGGGAAUCCCAGAGGAAAUCGAGGAGAUUGAGUAG